AUGAUGGAUGGCUUAACAUUUGACAAUAAUAAUAAUAAUAUUAUUAAAUGUCGAGUAUGUGGAUCAUUAUCAACUUCAACAAUGAUGACAAUAAGAUUUAAAAGUUUGAUUGGGUCAACUUUCAUUAGACAUACAAUAUUUCGAUAUGCAAAAGAGUUAAACAACAACAACAACAACAACAACAACAACAACAAGGAUUUGAAUCUCCAUGUUGAUGGACAAAGUGGUUCACUUUCAGGUAAAGAUAUCAUUAAUUUGUCUUGGCUUGAAAUGAUAUCAGUGUUUGCAAUGCCAUGGAACUUUAUCAAACAUUAUCUACCAGACAAAUAUCAAGUAUUGGUAAAGAGAAGAAUGGCUGUUUUUAGUAGAUAUUGUGCACAUCGAAAUGCAACAUUGUCAACACUCCAACAUCUAUUGGAAUGGUCACCUGAAUAUGAUCCACAAGAUCAAUACGAUUCUAUCCAUCAUAGAUUAAUCUAUAAUGUUGCAUCUAAAGGACAUAGAGAUAUAUUGGAAUUUCUUAGAGUGGUUACAUUUCAAUCUGUAAUGGAAAUUGUGGCCAAAAAUGGACAUUUACAUAUUUUGGAAUGGUUCCACUAUUAUAAAAUUAAGAAUAAUUAUUAUUCAUACCAAUCUUACACUGGCAAUCCAAUAGACAAUGCAAAAAGUCUAAAAAUAGUCCAAUUUCUUCACAAAAAUGGUUUUCGUGGUACAGCUGCCGCCAUUGAUAAUGCAUGUUUGAGAGGUGAUUUGGAUAUUGUCAAAUUCCUUUUUGAAAACCGUACAGAAGGUUGUACCCAACAAGCUAUCAUCAAUGCAUGUAGAAUUGGUAACUUUGAAAUGAUAAAGUUUAUUCUCAGCAACAUUUGGAAAGAGAAAUGUCCGUCUACUGCAGUGGAUGCGGUUAUUGGGACGAAUUGUAGUUUGGAAGUUUUAAUGUACCUCGACCAAGUAUGUACUAUUGUUGGGUUAGGUGAUGCAAGCUCAUAUCAUGGUCGACUAGACAUUAUCCAAUACUAUUAUCAACAUUAUCCACAAGAUAUUUUAUGGACACAGGUUGAUGAUUUAGUAGGAUUUGCAGCUAUGGAUGGUCAUUUAGACAUAUUACAGUUUAUUUGUGAAAAGUUUCCAGAAUCAAUAUUUAAACCAAAUACAAUGGACAUUGCUGUUGGAAAAGGAAAACUUGAAAUUGUCAAAUUUCUACACUUUAAUCGUAGCGAGGGAUGUACUACUAUGGCGAUGGACAAUGCUGCAUUGAAUAAUGAUUUAGAAACAGUUGAAUUUCUCCAUAAACAUCGAACUGAAGGUUCGACUUGUCUUGCUCUAUCCACACCCUCCAACAAAUUAAUUCCUCGUGUCGAAAUUGAAAAGGAAAUGACAAAAAUGAGAAUAGAUUAUGAUAAAGCACAUCAUUACUAUGAAAUUGUUGAACUAAUCAACCAAUAUUAUGGACCAUUUGAUUAA